AUGGCGGAGAGAGCGGCUUCUCUUCUGCUCAUCGUCUGCCUUCUUCGAUCUGCCGGAGGGGCGUCCUUCCGGCCUCGGGACAACUUCCUGAUAAACUGCGGAGGCAAUGGCACUGUCGACUUCGGGGAUGGCAGGGCUUUCCGGCCGGAUACGGAUGCUCCCUCUCUUGUGGUCUCUUCCAACUCGCAGGCCGUCGCCGGCAGCGGUGCUGGCCUCUAUGGCAGUGCUCGUCUUUUCGCCUCGCCGGCGAGCUACAGGUUCGGGAUUAGGCGGAGGGGCCGGCAUUUCGUGAGGCUUCAUCUGUAUCCGGUUAGAGGCGCAGGGCAUGACUUGAGGUCGGCGGUGUUCUCUGUGACCGCCGGUGGCUUCACGCUGCUCAGCGACUUCUCCUUCGCGAAAUUGGGGUCCUACUCCGCUCUGAUGAAGGAGUACUUGAUCGGUGUGGAUUCAGAUGCCGUGGUUCUGAUACUGGUUCCUGCAGAUGGAUCCGUUGCUUUCAUCAAUGGAAUAGAGGUUAUAUCCGCGCCAGACCACCUCCUCCCCUCCACCGCUGCUCCGAUCCCCAUAGGUGCGCCACCGGUGAUCCCCUUUGACAGGGCUAUUGAAACCUUCUACAGGAUCAACGUCGGUGGUCCAUUCGUGAAUUCUGAGAACGACACCUUGUGGAGAGUUUGGGAGAUCGAUCGGCCGUUCCUGGUUAAUACCGCAGCUGUCCGGUCAGUCUCCACCGAACUUGACGUGGUGAAGUAUCCUCCAGGAGUGUCCAUCGAGACAGCGCCGAGAUGGGUUUAUGCUACGGCGCAGGAGAUGGCCGACGCCAACGUCGGGAACCAGAAAUUUAAUAUCUCCUGGGUUUUCCGUGUGGAUUCCUCGUUUUCCUACUUGGUGAGGCUCCACUUCUGCGACAUUGUGAGCAAAGCCCUCAACCAUCUGGUUUUCAAUGUCUACAUCAAUAACCAGUCCGCUCUGAGGGAUUUUGAUCUUUCGAGCAGGACGAUGGAACUGUCAGCCGCUUUCUUUAUGGAUUUCACUGUGGAGGGCGAGAUAGAAUCGGAGAAGCUACUGGUUCAGAUCGGACCUUCAGACCUGGCCAACAUCCAGACUAAUGCCAUCUUGAAUGGUCUUGAGAUCAUGAAGCUGAGCAACGCAGACAAAAGCCUCGGUGCUUCUCAUCUGCCGUAUCGACCAGGUGAAGAAUCCUCGAAGAAGAAACUGAUGGCGGUAGUGCUUGUAGGAUCAGCCUUGGGGACGUCUGUGCUCUUGGGUUUAGGGGUGGCAGUUCUUAUUCUAUGCUCUCGCCGUCGCCGCCGCCGUCGCCGCCGCCGCCGCCGCCACGAGAUGAAGACGCCGCAGCCACCAAACCAUACGGCGGCAUGGCUGGCGGUUCCUUCCAUCGGGGGCAACUCAGAAACCAAGGCCUCUGCAAACACCUUUGCCUCUUCAGGUUCUCUCGCCUUGGGCCGUUUUCUAGCUUUCUCAGAAAUACGGGAGGCGACGAAGAACUUCGACGAGAGCUCUAUGCUGGGCAUGGGCGGCUUCGGGAAGGUCUACAAAGGGGUGCUGGAGAACGGCGAGAUCGUCGCUGUGAAGAGGGGGAAUCCUCGUUCUCAACAAGGUUUAGUCGAGUUCAGGACCGAGAUCGAGAUGCUGUCCAAGCUCCGCCAUCGGCAUCUGGUUUCCCUCAUCGGCUACUGCCAGGAGCCCGACGAGAUGGUCCUCAUCUACGAGUACAUGGCCGGCGGAUCCCUCCGGAAGCACCUGUACGGUUCAGGCAUGCCCUCCCUCUCCUGGACCCAGAGGCUCGAGAUCUGCAUCGGAGCUGCAAAAGGUCUGCACUAUCUUCACACUGGAGCUUCUGAAACGAUCAUCCACCGCGAUGUCAAGACGGCAAACAUACUACUGGACGAGAAGUUCGUCGCCAAGGUUGCGGACUUCGGCUUGUCCAGGAUCGGUCCUUCUCUGAAUGACACCCACGUCAGCACGGCCGUGAAGGGGAGCUUCGGGUACCUGGACCCCGAGUACUUCAGGAGACAGCAGCUCACAGAGAAAUCUGAUGUCUAUUCCUUUGGUGUCGUUCUCAUGGAGGUUCUCUGCGCCAGGCCGGCCAUCAACCCAUCUCUCCCCAGGGAGCAGGUCAAUAUCGCGGAGUGGGCUAUGGAGUGGCAGAAGAAAGGUCAACUGAAGCAGAUAAUCGAUCCCCAUCUUGCAGGAUCUCUGAGCGCCGAUUCUCUGCGGGUAUACGGCGAGACGGCAGAGAAGUGCUUGGGUGAGUACGGAAUCGAGAGGCCCACCAUGGGAGAGGUGCUGUGGAGCUUGGAGUACGCUCUCCGGCUUCAGCUGAGCUUCCAAGGAAUGGAGGCUCCGGGGGAAGAGAACAGCACGAAAGGAAUCCAGGAUCUCCCUGAGUGGACUCAGACCAAGGAAGCCGUCGAGGGUAAUCGUCCUUCUGUUGCUGUUGGCGGCGGCAGUGGGUCGGAGAUGGCCUCGACCAGUGCAGCCUUUUCUCAGAUUAUGGAUCCCAAGGGGAGGUAG